AAAUACUUCCCCCGCUCGUAUAAUUCCCGUCUCGAAACGUCCCCUUCGACCAAACGCCAUUAAGAACCCUAUUCUUUCUCCGGUGAAAUAAUGGCGAAAACCGGCGAUAAAACGGCAAAAAACGGCCAUAACCAGCCAAUGGAAUACGAAGAUUUGCUUCCUAUCAUGGCCGAAAAGCUGGAAGCCGAUGCUUUCAUGGCGGAGCUCUGCAACGGAUUCAAGCUUUUGGCUGACCCGGUGCAGGGUUUGAUAACAUUUGAGAGCUUGAAAAAGAAUUCUGCUCUUCUAGGCUUAGAUGGUCUUAGCGAUAAAGAACUCAUGGGCAUGGUUAGAGAGGGAGAUACGGACGGUGAUGGAGCUUUGAAUGAGCAAGAGUUUUGCGUUUUAAUGGUGAGAUUAAGCCCGGAUCUCAUGAGAGAGGCUCAAGGUUUGCUCGAAGAAGCUCUAAUCCAUGAGAUUCAGGGAGUUAUGGAGAGCUGAUUGGGUUUGUGCGGAGUACGAUUUCUCUACUCUCUCUUUCUUUCUCUCUCUAUGUGUUCUCUCUCUAUAUAACUGUGUAUUUGGGUGCUAUUGUAUUACAGCCCGGAAAAUUAGUAUUAAUUGACAUUGGGGUUGAUGAAUUUUGGACAAUUGUUAUUAUUAA